AUGUUCCUAUGCAAUCUGUCCGCCGCGACCUCGCGUGCCAUCGAGAAACACAGCCGAGGAAGACAUCCUUCGACUCGGGAUAAGGGGGAUGCAAGAUUGUCGAGAAGUCAUUUGAACGCGGAGUCUCCAUUGGUAAACUCCAAACCUGUACACCUUCAUCAAGCUAGUGACUGUUCAAGCAUGGAGUGCCAUCCACGGAUCGAAAGGGGGAAGGCGGGGUCGAGGAGGAGCCGAGUUGCAGCGAGAAUUGAGAAAUGCCGACUCAUUCAGCGCUUUUUCAGAAGGACGCCACAUAAAGAACCUGUCCGCAUUGUAGCGCGAGAAUCUGCUCAAGGUGUCGCGGCAUUGCCCACAGAUCAGGAGAUUGCUCUUCUGAUACAGGUCUGUCCGCAGUCCUUGAAGUGGCUCGGCUUCAGCGAUGGCAGAGGUGUUUCAAUUGUGGUGCGGUGGUGGAACUCAUAUUUGGCUGUGAUCACAUUACCUGCAGAUGCAGCGCACAGUUCUGGUAAGGCGAGCCCUGUGUAUAAGUUUGAUAUGACCCAUGCUGAUGAUGCUCAGCUAUAA